AUGAAGGCAUCACUUGUGGUCGUCUCGGUCGCGCUGCAAAGCGUCGCGGUGACGGCCUUGCCAGUCGCCCUCGCCGGGGAGGAGUUGAGCAUCAGACAGAUCGACGAGCGCUCGCCGGCGACAAACCCAUUCGCGGCGGCUGCUCAGGCAUUUGGUGGAGGAGCAAACAAGCAGGAUGUGCAGAAUGCGGCCAGCUCGUUUGCUGGCGAUGUCGCCAUCGUGUCAUCGUCACUGAAUGGAAUGGGUACUACAACAGACACAAAUCAAAUCCGCACGAUGGCACGGAAGGCAUUCGUCGCCGAGAAAGACGAGGACCAACAUCGCGCGGUGCUUGACGACGCCGCCGGUAGGGACGCGCAGCAGGCGAACAAGAAGAUCGUCGACAAUACCCCUAUCGUUUUGGACGGCCUGCAGUCGAUCAUGCGAAACCCUUCCAUGGCAAACACCAUGAGGCAGCUGUCGAGGGUUGAAAGUUCAAGGAACGCCAAUAUCCUGCCGAGCAUUACGCAGCUGUCUAACGCGGCCUUUCAGAACACCGGGGUCAACACACAGGCCAAGACGUUUGAUCCUACCACCGGAACCCAGAGCUUGAAGACGCUGAUGGCCCAAGGCGGAGGGACUGGGGCUGCUACCAACGCCAACGCAGGGACUGGUAGUACCGCGGCAACCAAGGGCACUGGAGCUGGCACCAAUGCCAACGCAGGGACUGGCAGUACCGCGGCAACCAAGGGCACUGGCACAGCUAAAGGGAGCGGGAGUGCUACGGGCAAUGCUGCAGCCAAAGGAAGUGCUGCCGCUAGCACAGGAAACGCCGCCGCCAAGGGCAGCACCGCCGCUACAGGAAAUUCUGGUGGUGCCGCCAAAGGUAGCACCGCCGCCGCAGGAAACUCUGCUGGUGCCGCUACAGGUAGCACAGCUGCCACCGGAAAGGGCACAGGAAAAGGAAGUACCGCGGCCACAGGCAACGCCACACAGAAGGGCGGCGCCGCAGCGAAAGGCGCAGGCGCAAACGCAGGCACGAACGCAGGCACAGGCAACACCGCAGCAGCCAACUCCAAUACCAAAGGCGCCGGCGGUGCCACUGCUGCGACAGGCAAUGCCGGUACGAAGGGAACUGCUGCUGCUGCUGGUAAAGGGAAGACAAAUGGGGCGGGAGCAGGUGGCAACACCAAUACCGCGGCUGAUGACGAGGAAGAGGAUAACUAG